AUGCGCUCGCGCACUCCGGACAGCCUUUCAGCUGCGCCGUACCACGCGCGGCUUGCUCCGUCUCCCGUGGCGCUGUUUGCCGCGGCGCCGUCUCCCGUGGCACGUCCCACCUUGGCGCGGCAGUCGGAGACGGGGCAGCGGAGCGAUGUGCCAGUGGGUACUGUGGCAGUUGGAACUGCCCUCAUCGCUGGCCACAGCCGUGCCCGCGCUGGCCGCGUGCACCGCUACGCCCGCAUGGGGCGGCGUCAUUUGGUGCUGCAAGCAACAGGUUCAAGCACGGAAGACCCAGAAGCCUUGGCCAAAGAGGCUGCAAAGCUUCGGGCAGAGGUGGCCCAGCUUGAGGCUGAGCAGGAAGAGGCCCGGCGGAAGGAGCGCCAAGCGCUCUUCCGCAUUUUGGAUACCGACAGCUCUGGGGCGCUGGACGCCAAGGAGUUGCAGAAGGGUAUCAAGGACGUCAUGGGCGCUGACGUGGACGACGCCACGGCGGAGCGGCUGGUGAAGUCGUUGGACCUGAACGGUGACGGCAUCAUCCAGCCUGAAGAGCUGGACUUUGAUGCCGUGCAGCGACUGCUGAGGGAGUUUCGCAAGGAGCUGCAAGACAAGGAAGAGGCGGAGAAGACCGCUGCAUAUGCCACCACCGAAGAGGAGAUGCUUCGUAAAGAGUGGGAGCAGUUUCUGGCAAGUCGGCCUCCCCGGAACGAGGACACAGGUUUGCUGACGCGCGCGGGGUCCUUCGCAGCUUAUUUGUUGCCUCUCACCGAUGCCCUGCGUUUCGGUUUGUUCCUUUUCGCCGCCUUCCCCUUCGUUCAGCCGCUCUUGAAUUUCCUGGUGCUGCCGGCGUUGCUGAUCAACGCGCUCCCUUUUGGACUGGGUUAUUUGGCACUUUUCUUUGUGAUGCAGGGCUUGGCGUCGAACAAGGAGCUCCCGGCCCUGCUGCGCUACAAUCUGCGUCAGGCCAUCACCCUGGACAUCUUCCUGGUGCUCAUGAGCCUGGUGGGCGGCGUCUUUCAAGGUAUUGCCAGCUUGGCUCAAACUCCACUCCCUGUGGAGCUUGUGGGUUUCUCCAGCACGUUGAUCUACGUGGCGGUCACGGCCUGCUGUAUUUACUCGAUCGUGGUGAGCCUCUCCGGGAACCUCCCCACGGGCCUUGGUGUUCUUUCCGAAGUGGCUGAAUUCCAGAUCUUUGACACCGCGCCCAGCGAUGGAAAUGAAGACACCUCCAAGUUCUUCGACAGGCUCUUCAAGGAAAGGGAGAAUCAGAAGGGGGACAAGUGA